AUGCGUCGCUUCCGCCUUUGUACGCUCAACAAAUUUUCGCCGCGCUUCUUUCUUCUCGCCAUCGCCAAUCGCGAUCUACUCGCUCAGCUCAUCGCCGAUUCAGCCCACCUGCCUGCCUCCAUCAUCUACGACCCGGGACUGCUGCUGCUGUGUGUUCCGCACCAGUGGUUCGUCGCGCUCGGAAUCGCCAAAGGCCAGCGCAUCCCCGUCCAGCGCACCAUCCUCGACUCGGAUACGAUCGAAGAGAAAGUCAAAAAGCUUGCCAGCAUGACUCAGAGGCUCGAACAGGAAGUCUCCGCUGCCACGUCCGCCGCGACUGCUGCGCCGGAGGCAGAUGCGGCUCAGUCGACCAAGCGUCCCCUUGAAGACAGUUCCGCUGCCACGGAUGCCACCACGGAAGCGUCCGCUGAAGACAGCGUCAAGAAGGCGCGGUUCGACGACAGCGCCACCCGUGGAGGCAAGAAGAAGUGGGAGCGUCGUGACCGUCGCGGCACCGGCCGCAGCGAUGAGCGCGAGGCAGCCUCCGAGCCGUCCGGAUCGUCGGGCGACCGACUUCCCAAGCGCAAGGUCGCCGUCAAGUUCGGCUACUGCGGUAUCGGCUACUCUGGCCUUCAGAUCAACCCGGGUGUCAAGACGAUCGAGGGCGAUAUCUUUGAUGCCUUCUGCACCGCUGGUGCCGUCUCCAAGGACAACGCGGUCAACCCGAACAAGGUGGGCCUGCAACGCGCCGCGCGCACGGAUCGCGGUGUUCAUGCGGCCGGAAACCUGCUCUCGCUCAAACUCAUCUUGCAACCCGACGGCCUGCAAGAGGGCGAGACGCUGGUGGACAAGGUCAACUCGCUGCUGCCCGAGUUCAUCCGGAUCUGGGGCGUGACGCGUGUGCAGAACGGGUUCAAUGCAAGGCAGAGCUGCGACUCGCGCAUGUACGAGUAUCUGCUGCCCACGUACGUCUUCAUCCCGCCCAAGCCCGGGUCGACCAUGCACGAGAUGCUCAAGCGUCUGCGCGACGAAGAACUCGCCAAACUCAAGGAAUCCAACCCAGAUGCAGACUCGACGUCGCUCGACGAGGUGAUUGCGCAUCCGUUCUGGAGCGCUCACGGAACCGAGCAUGACUUUGCGACCGAUGUAGCCGCCAAGAAAAAGUACCGCCUCUCAGACACCGAGUUGGAGAGGAUCCGGACGAUUUUCGCCAAGUUUAGCGGCUCGCACAACUUCCACAACUUUACCGUGGGCAAGGAGUUUCGCGAUCGGUCGUGCCAGCGAUUCAUGAAGACGCUCACCAUCUCGCCGACCAAGGUGAUCGGCGACUGCGAGUGGGUGAGCAUCAAGCUGCAUGGUCAGAGCUUCAUGCUGCAUCAGAUUCGCAAGAUGGUAGGCCUGCUGGUGUUGGUUGGACGAAGUGGGGCGGGGAUGGGGCUGGUGGAUGAGUGUUUCGGACCCGCACGAGUGCACAUCCCCAAGGCGCCAGGGUUGGGACUGUUGCUCGAACAACCCAUCUUCGAGGCGUACAACAGGAGGAUUGGAAACAACAACGAUAAACUCACCCGGCUCAUGAAAAAGUCCGACAACCCCGGUCUUCAGGAUGAACUCAGGGAGGGUGUAGGCUACAAAGACCACGAGGACCAGAUGACAAAGUUCAAACAGGCCUGGAUCUAUGAUCGCAUCACCGCUACCGAGGCGGACACGGCCGAGUUUGCAAAGUGGCUCAACUAUCUCGACGUCUUCCAGGGCCCAGACUUUGAGUAUCUCAAUCCAAAGGGCGUCAUCCCCGCAAAGGCCAUCGUCAAGGUCGGAGAGUUCCACAGAGACGCAUCAAAACACGCAAAGAAGGACGGCGACCAGCAAGACCAAGACCAGAACCAGGACGAUGACGACGAGGAUAAAGAGGCCUACGCCAUGAAGGGCAACCAACUCGACGAGUACGAGGGCUAA